GCACCCCGGCGCGCAGCUCGGCGCACGGCGGCGGCGAGGGCGGCCAGGGCGGCGGGCCUCGGACGGGCAUGGCGGACCGGCGGCGCGCGUGGAACACGGAGGACGACCUGCCCGUGUACCUGGCGCGGCCGGGCAGCGCGGCGCAGACCCCGCGCCAGAAGUACGGCGGCAUGUUCGCCGCGGUGGAGGGCGCCUACGAGAACAAGACCAUCGACUUCGACGCGUACAGCGUGGGCCGCCGCGGCUCGGCGCGCACCCCGCGCAGCGCCGGCCGGCCCGACGCCGUGGGCCUCCCGGGCCCCGGCGGCAGCGACGACACGGCCAGCGACGUGAGCGAGCCCUCGGGCUCCGCCGUCAGCUCGCCCGGCGACCGCGAGGACCGCCCGCCCGCGCUGCACAUCCGCUGCCCCGCGCCCCGCGACCUGCCCCUCGGCCGGGACAAUGGCCAGAGCGACCGGCUCCUCCUCAAAGGCGGCCGCGUCAUCAACGAUGACCAGUCCUUCUACGCCGACGUCUACCUGGAAGACGGCCUCAUAAAACAAAUCGGAGAGAACCUGAUCGUGCCGGGCGGCGUGAAGACCAUCGAGGCCAACGGGCGGAUGAUCAUGCCGGGCGGGGUGGACGUCAACACUGCCCUGCAGAAGCCGGCCCGGGGGAUGACCGCGGCCGACGACUUCUUCCAGGGGACCAGGGCGGCGCUGGCCGGCGGGACCACCAUGAUCAUUGACCACGUUGUCCCGGAGCCCGGGUCCAGCCUGCUGGCGUCCUUCGAGAAGUGGCACGAAGCGGCGGACACCAAGUCGUGCUGUGACUACUCCCUGCACGUGGACAUCACGAGCUGGAACGAGGGCGUUCGCGAGGAGCUGGAGGUGCUGGUGCAGGACAAAGGUGUCAAUUCCUUCCAAGUAUACAUGGCCUAUAAGGAUCUGUAUCAAAUGUCCGACAGCCAGCUCUACGAGGCCUUCACGUUCCUCAAGGGGCUGGGAGCCGUGAUCAUGGUCCACGCGGAAAACGGAGACUUGAUAGCUCAGGAACAAAAGCGGAUUCUAGAGAUGGGCAUCACCGGUCCGGAGGGCCACGCCCUGAGCAGACCCGAAGAGCUGGAGGCAGAGGCCGUGUUCCGGGCGAUCACCAUUGCGGGCCGGAUCAACUGUCCUGUGUACAUCACCAAGGUCAUGAGCAAGAGCGCGGCGGACAUCAUCACCCUGGCCCGGAAGAAGGGACCCCUGGUCUUCGGGGAGCCCAUAGCUGCCAGCCUGGGGACGGACGGCACCCACUACUGGAGCAAGAACUGGGCCAAGGCGGCCGCCUUCAUCACCUCCCCGCCCCUGAGCCCGGACCCCACCACGCCCGACCACCUGACCUCCCUGCUGGCCUGCGGAGACCUGCAGGUCACGGGCAGCGGGCACGGCCCCUACAGCACCGCCCAGAAGGCCGUGGGCAAGGACAACUUCACCCUCAUCCCCGAGGGCGUCAACGGCGUGGAGGAGCGCAUGACCGUCGUCUGGGACAAGGCGGUGGCCACAGGCAAAAUGGAUGAGAACCAGUUUGUGGCGGUCACGAGCACCAACGCAGCCAAGAUCUUCAACCUGUACCCAAGGAAAGGGCGGAUCGCGGUGGGCUCGGACGCCGACGUGGUCAUCUGGGACCCGGACAGGGUGAAGACCAUAACGGCCAAGAGCCACAAGUCGGCGGCGGAGUACAACAUCUUCGAGGGCAUGGAGUGCCACGGCUCCCCGCUGGUGGUCAUCAGCCAGGGCAAGAUCGUGUACGAGGACGGCAACCUCAGCGUCAGCAAGGGCGCCGGCCGCUUCGUGCCGCGCAAGCCCUUCCCCGAGUUCCUCUACCAGCGCGUCAAGAUCAGGAACAAGGUGUCCGGAUUGCAAGGGGUUCCCAGGGGCAUGUACGACGGUCCUGUGUACGAGGUGCCGGCGACGCCCAAGUACGCCACGCCCGCCCCUUCCGCCAAGUCCUCGCCUUCCAAACACCAGCCCCCGCCCAUCAGGAACCUCCACCAGUCCAACUUCAGCUUGUCAGGUGCUCAGAUCGACGACAACAACCCCAGGCGUACCGGCCAUCGCAUCGUGGCGCCCCCCGGUGGCCGCUCCAACAUCACCAGCCUCGGUUGA